GCGUUAACUCCCGGGCUGUGGGGGUGCCAUGGCGGCGGUGCGGGACGUGGAGAUCGAUCCUGAUGGCACGUUCAAGUACAUCCUGGUGCGGCUGCAGCGGCCUGGCGGCGGGGAGCAGCGUGACAUCGUGCGGGGAACCAAGGCGGCCGAGUUCCACAAUCACAUCUUUGAGAAAGUGAAUCCUGAGAUGGAGAAGCUGGGAUACGAGUGCAAGUGCCUUGGAGGAGGGAAAAUUGAUCAUAAUAGCAAAGAGAAGAAAAUUAGGGUGUUUGGGCUGUCUACAGGCUAUGGAAAAGCAGAUCAUUCAGUGACUGUAGAGAUACUGAAAAAAGUGUACACAGAUUAUGAAAUUACAUGGUCGGAUGAGAAGAAAUAAAUUGGCUACUUAUGAAUGUGACAAGCAGUUCAAAUCUGGAAACUUUCUAUCAUGAAAAGAAGCAGGAAACUGGUCACAAGGGCGGUGAUGAUUUUAGCAAGUAGAGAAAGUCUUACUGGUUUCCCUAAUCUAGGAACAACAUUUUUACUGAUGCUGAAACGGCAGUGGAACAAUGAACUCUCAAAAUCGAGUGUUGAAUUCUGCUUCCUCUCGAGGUGUGUCUGCUGACUUCUAAAACCAGAACAGAACUCAUCUGAAAUUAUGGGAAUCUCAAUGCUGAUUUCACCUGAGAAAAAUAUCCUAUAUUGAUUCUCUUAGAAUUCUAAAAUGGGAACUUAAUUACAAUGUGUUGGGUUUCCUCUUUUGUAGGUGUGUGAUCACUGUGUGAUUGUGGCUCAAGCAGUCUUCACUUGAAAGUCCUAAAAGAUCUGAUUCUGUAUUUGCAUGAAAACUGAGCUUCUUGAGCAAUCCAUGAAUAAAAUGAGGAUGCUGAA